GAGCGGUUGGGCGUUUCUCUACUAGAACUUCGUUCUCUUACCAGUGACUGUGUGUGCGUGCGUUGCGACCGUGUUUAUAUACAAGUGUGUGUGUGGUGUGGCAACAACAAUUUGUUAACGCACACACUCACGCGCAGUUAGCGAACGCAACUUGGCCCUUAGCAAGUCCAGCCAACCGAGAGCAAUCGAAAUAAAAAUCACAAAGUGCCAUCGCAAACAUAAACUUCGAAACGUGCUAAGAGUCGUCAAAAAACGAAAAAUUUGCAGAGAAAGUUGACGACUGACAAGUCCCCACAGUGUUCAAAGUGUAUCUGAGUCUCUCUUAAUGUGCCACCCGCAAGAUGACAUCGCAUUCCUACUAUAAAGACCGCCUGGGCUUCGAUCCCAAUGAGCAGCAGCCCGGCAGCAGCAACUCGAUGAAGCGGAGCAGCUCUCGUCAGACGACGCACCACCACCAGAGCUACCAUCAUGCAACCACCAGUAGCAGUCAGUCGCCGGCAAGAAUCUCGGUUUCCCCGGGUGGUGCAGGACUACCGCCCAACAACGGAACUCUGGAGUACCAGCAGGUCCAGCGGGAGCAGCGGGAUCGCGAGCUGUACAGCAACAGCCACAACAGUCAUCACCACCAUCAGCAGCAGCACCACCGUCACUCGGCGACUGGCAGCGCAUCCUCGCCGCUCUACGAGACCAGCAACAGCCCGGCUGCUCCCAAGAAGGCCAAGCACUCUUCCACCCAGGCACAGCCGCAGGGUGGUUACGAGGAUGCCCUCACCCAGUUUAAAGACGAACGCGAUGCCAUUCAGAAGAAGACUUUCACAAAAUGGGUUAACAAACAUCUGAAAAAGCAUUGGAAGUAUGCUAAGACCUAUACUAUGCUACAUGUUUGUGUAACCACAAAUGGCAUACCCUGUUGUUCUCAAUCAGCCAAUCGUCGUGUGGUGGACUUGUUCGAAGAUCUGCGCGAUGGACACAAUUUACUUUCACUCCUGGAGGUGCUAUCUGGCGAACACCUGCCACGCGAGAAGGGUAAAAUGCGAUUCCAUAUGCUGCAGAAUGCACAAAUGGCUCUGGACUUCUUGCGCUACAAGAAGAUCAAGCUGGUCAACAUACGCGCCGAGGACAUUGUGGACGGCAAUCCAAAGCUGACCCUGGGCCUGAUCUGGACCAUUAUACUGCACUUCCAGAUCUCCGAUAUUGUUGUGGGCAAGGAGGACAACGUAUCCGCUCGGGAGGCCCUGCUGCGCUGGGCGCGUCGCUCGACUGCUCGGUAUCCGGGUGUUCGUGUCAACGACUUCACGUCGUCGUGGCGAGAUGGAUUGGCCUUCUCGGCGUUGGUGCACCGCAACCGACCGGACUUGCUUGACUGGCGAAAGGCAAGGAACGAUCGGCCACGCGAUCGCCUGGAGACGGCCUUCCACAUUGUGGAGAAGGAGUACGGAGUGACGCGUCUGCUGGAUCCCGAGGAUGUGGACACAAACGAACCGGACGAAAAGUCCCUUAUCACGUACAUCUCAUCGCUGUACGAUGUGUUCCCGGAGCCACCCUCGAUCCAUCCACUGUUUGACAUGGAGUCACAGCGUCGCGUGCACGAAUACCGCGACCUGGCCCAGCAGUUUAUCUACUGGUGCCGUGAGAAGACAGCCUAUUUGCAGGAGCGCUCCUUCCCGCCCACUCUCAUUGAGAUGAAGCGUCUGCUGAGUGAUCUGCAGCGUUUCCGCAGCGAGGAGGUGAGCGCCCGCAAGCGCGAGAAGUCCAAGCUCAUCCAGAUCUACAAGGAGCUGGAGCGCUAUUUUGAAACCGUAGGUGAAGUGGACGUGGAGGCCGAACUGCGCCCAGAUGCCAUCGAGAAAGCAUGGUACAGAAUGAACACUGCACUCCAAGAUCGCGAGGUGAUCCUUCAGCAGGAGAUUGAGCGGUUGGAACGGCUGCAACGACUGGCCGACAAGGUUCAGCGAGAGAUUAAACAUGUGGAUCAGAAACUGACUGAUCUGGAGACGCGUAUCGGUGAGGAGGGUCGUCGCAUCGAGCGACUGCAUCCCGUGGACGCGAAGAGCAUUGUCGAGGCCCUUGAAACCGAGAUUCGGCACCUGGAAGAACCCAUCCAGGACAUGAACCAGGACUGCCACGUGCUGAAUGAGGGACGCUAUCCCCAUGUCAGCGAGCUGCACAAGAAGGUUAAUAAGUUGCACCAGCGCUGGGCUCAACUGCGCACCAAUUUCCACACGAACCUGGUACAGAAGCUGUCCGGUUUGAAGUAUCCCGUCCACGAGACCACGGUGACGCGUCAAACGCGCAUGGUGGUCGAGUCCCGUCAGAUCGACACGAACCCCCAUUUCCGCGAUCUGCAGGAGCACAUUGAAUGGUGCCAGAAUAAGUUGAAACAAUUGCUUGCCGCUGACUAUGGCAGUGACCUGCCAUCGGUCAAGGAGGAACUGGAUCGUCAACAGCACGAGCACAAGAUUAUUGACCAAUUCCAUACUAAAAUACUCAACGAUGAGCGUCAACAGACCAAGUUUUCCGGAGAUGAACUGGCCUUGUACCAGCAGCGUCUCAAUCAGCUGCAGAAGGUGUACGCCGAGUUGCUCAGCACCUCGACGAAACGCCUUUCCGAUCUGGACUCUUUGCAGCACUUCCUGGGACAGGCCUCGGCGGAAUUGCAGUGGCUCAACGAAAAAGAACAGGUGGAGAUCACGCGCGACUGGGCGGACAAACAACUCGAUCUGCCCUCCGUGCACAGAUACUACGAGAACCUUAUGUCCGAACUGGAGAAGCGUGAGAUGCACUUUGCAACCAUCCUGGAUCGUGGAGAGGCGCUGCUGAACCAACAGCAUCCGGCGUCCAAGUGCAUCGAAGCCCAUCUGACUGCCUUGCAACAGCAGUGGGCCUGGCUGCUGCAGCUUACUCUUUGCUUGGAGGUCCAUCUGAAGCACGCCACGGAGUACCAUCAGUUCUUUGGGGAGAUCAAGGAUGCCGAGCAAUGGCUAGCCAAGCGUGACGAAAUACUCAACAGCAAGUUUUCGCAGUCGGACUUUGGCUUGGACCAGGGUGAAACUUUGCUAAGGGGAAUGCAGGAUUUGCGCGAGGAGCUGAAUGCCUUUGGCGAGACAGUGGCUACAUUGCAGCGAAGGGCUCAGACAGUGGUGCCUCUAAACAAGCGCCGCCAGCCGGUUAACCGUCAGGGACCCGUGCAGGCCAUCUGUGCCUACAAACAGCAGGGUCAGCUGCAGAUCGAAAAGGGUGAGACUGUAACUCUCCUGGACAACUCGGGCCGAGUGAAGUGGCGCGUGCGCACGGCCAAGGGUCAAGAAGGACCAAUACCCGGUGCCUGCCUGCUGCUUCCGCCUCCUGAUCAGGAAGCCAUCGAUGCCGCCGAGCGUCUGAAGCGACUUUUCGAUCGAUCCGUAGCUCUCUGGCAGAAAAAGCACCUACGCCUACGCCAGAACAUGAUCUUCGCAACCAUUCGUGUGGUUAAGGGCUGGGACUUUGACCAGUUCUUGGCUAUGGGUCCCGAGCAGCGCACGGCCAUCCGGCGUGCCCUCAACGACGAUGCCGACAAGUUGCUGAGCGAGGGCGACCCCAACGAUCCGCAGCUGCGACGCUUGCGCCGCGAAAUGGACGAGGUUAAUCGCUUGUUCGAUGAGUUCGAGAAGCGAGCCCGCGCCGAAGAGGAGAGCAAACAAGCCAGUCGCAUUUUCACCGAGGAAUGCAUUGCUAUUAAGAGCAAACUGGAGGAUAUGGCCCGUGAGCUGGAUCAGAUUAUAUUGGCUCCAUUGCCACGCGAUCUGGACUCUUUGGAACAUGUGCUUGAGAUUCACUCGGACUAUGAGCGCAGGUUGAACCUUUUGGAGCCAGAGCUGAAGCAUCUGCAAGAGACUUUCCGUACGAUUGCCCUAAAGACGCCCGUGCUAAAGAAGAGCCUUGACAACCUGAUGGAGCUGUGGAAGGAGCUGAACACCCAGAGCGGUCUGCACAAGGACCGCCUGAAGCUGCUUGAAGCCUCUCUGGCUGGCCUGGAGGACAAUGAGCAUGUGAUUUCCGAGCUGGAGAACGAGCUGGCCAGACACCAGGAUUUGCCUUCGACGGCCGAGGGACUGCAGCAGGUGUUCAAGCAACUGAACCACAUGCAGGACAUCAUCACACAACAGCAGCCGCAGAUGGACAAGAUGAACGAUGCAGCCGAUCAGCUGGGGCGCAUGGGUGUGCCCACCAAGGUGCUCGGCGACCUCAAGCGACUGCACUCGAAUGUGGAGCGUCUCAACACGCGCUGGAGUGCGGUGUGCAACCAACUGGGCGAAAGAAUGCGCUCAUGCGAGACGGCUAUCGGGCUGAUGAAGAAUCUCCAGUCGAGCGUGCAAGUGGAGGAAUCAUGGGUGGAUGGCACCACGGAGCGACUGUCUGCCAUGCCCACUGCCACUUCGGCGUACGAACUAGACAAACUGCUCGGAGCUGCAAUCGAACGAAAACCAAAAAUCGAAAAUGUCAACGUGGCUGGAGGACGACUUAUACGCGAAGCCAAGAUCUACGAUAGCAAAUGCCUACGCUUUGUGGACUGGUUGCUCGAGGCCCGUCCGUCGUUUUCGCCGCCUCGCCGGGAUCUCCGGCCGGCGGACAGCGAUCCGGGUGCCACACAGUAUUACAGCCAACGACUGGACAACCUUAAUACGAAAUACGACAGAUUGCUGGAACAACUGUCGCAGAGGCUUAAAACGGCAAUCGAAGUCAAUGGCAGCGAUGGUCUGCAAUACGCUGAGAGUCUACAGAAACCGCUCAAGACCUUUAGGGUUGACUUCAGUGCGGGCAGCGUGCCAACUGGCGAUGGUUACGCUGCGCGCCAGGAAGAUCUGUACACCACCACCUACAGCACCACACAGUUCAGCUCAACGAAGACAACGAAAAGCUCUACGAAGAGCGUUUACAGCAGCGAUGGCUUGGAUGCUGCUAAUCAGGAGGGUAGCACCACUAACCUGCCCCAGUCCCAGAUUCAGUUUAACGAAAUCCGGACGCUUAAGCGCUCCCAACAGCUGGGAAGCCAUUCCGUGCUCGAUAUAGCCGGAAUUCGAGAUCCGCGUACAGGUCGCGUUUUAACCAUCGGCGAAGCGAUUCAGCUACGCAUCCUGGACGUGCGAACCGGCGAGAUGUUGGUGGCUGACCGCCGCAUCACGCUGGAACAAGCAGCCGACCAGGGGCUAAUCGAUGCGCAGCUGGCCGGGCAGUUACUUCAGCCUGGAGCCGGUCGGGAUACCACCGGACGGGAGCUUUCGCUCCUGGAGGUUAUUCAGCGCGAGAUUAGCGAAGCGGAAUCUGGCUACGAGACGGCCGAGAAGCGGAUCAAGGUAAACAACACUGUCACCGUAGAGCAAUCAUCCGGGGAGCUGGGUUCUCCCGAAAAUCCCCGAAACAUUGCCGACGCCAUUACCGCGGGGAGUGUGGACACCAAGACCGGCCUGUAUCGCGUUAAAUCGGGCCAGACGAUCAGCCUGGCGGAGGCCUACGAGCGCGGCUACCUCAUCAGGCACGAGUCGGUGACAAUCAAGUCGAAUGCGCUGUGCCUGAGCGAUGCGAUUGCGCAUGGCCUGGUCGAUGGCGCCGGCUGGAUAGCGGAUCGCAAUUCCGGCGACAAGUUCCGUCUGGACUCGGCCAUUGCCAACCAACUAAUUGACGCGAGUGUUCGGGAAGUGGUGGACGCGAAACGCGAUGCGAAGAUAACACUGCAGGAGGCACUGCAGUCGGGUGUUCUAAAUGCGAAAACGGGUCGGUACGUAAACGAGGUGACCAAGGAGAAGCUAACCUUCGCGGAGGCGCGCAACCGUCAGUUGAUCGUAAAACCGUACACGCUGAAGGACAUCUGCGACCUGAACCUGCUCGACAAACAGGCCCAGAUCACGAGUCCCAUGCGCCGCGAAAAGUUAAGCAUCAUGCAGGCCAUCGAGGCUGGUGUGCUGGACGGAAAUCUGCUCAAGUGCAUCACCAAGCGUAAGGGUGAACUGGUCACCCUUCAGGAGGCCAUCGCGGACGGCAUCGUGCUGCCGGCAGAGUGCAAGUACCGCGAUUUUAUGACAGGAGAGUUGAUCAGCAUUCCGGAGGCGGUGGAACGCGGCCUGAUCAGCUCGGUGGCGCAGCGAUCGAUCUUUGACAUUGACGGGUUCAAGGAUCUGAGAAGCAAUGACUAUGUUAGCUUUAAUGUGGCCCUCUCGCGCGAUCUUUUGCGUCGCAAGAGCACGGGCUUUGCCUUAGAGACUGGUAGGGAUAGUCUAGUUCCACUUGAGGUGGCAGUAAGUGAGGGUUUGGUACGCCAGGAGGUGUACGAGAUGUUCAGCCGCGGCAUCGGGGUUCAAAACGCCAGUGGCAAGGAGCUUAGUGUCUUUGAUUUGGUCUAUCACAAUUUGAUUGACCCGAAGACGGGAUAUCUGUUGGAUCCCAAGAGCGGGGAGACAGUGCCUCUAGAUACCGCGAUCGAGCGGAAGUUUAUUACUCCAGAGGGUGCUCUUCUUUUAAGCAGUUUGCUUAACAUCACUUUGACUACGGAGACGGUGACGCGGACGAUUAAUCGUUAUGUGACAAUCAGGGCUGGUUCCCAGGAGCCGGGCGACACUGUGCUGCUCACCUUUACGGAGGCAGUGCGUCAAGGCUUUAUUGACGAGGAAAGACAGCUCUUCAAAGAUCCUAAAACCGGCAAUGUUUACUCGGUGCAGCAGGCUCUUAACUACGGCUUGUUAGUUCCCGACAGCAACCAAACGGUGCCAGAGCCAACUAAUAGAAAAAAAACAAAGUCCACUAUUACCAUUGUGACCAAGCAGAUCAUACCAGAAGCAGAGCCCAUUAAGCUAAACACACAGCACACCAAAUACGUGGAGAAGUCGGUGGAGAUUCCCAUUUCCCAGGAACUAGUGAAGCCACAGCGUGUAGUGUCCGAAUUUAUAAAUAUGGAAAAGAGCAGCUAUAUCGAACAAAACGUGACGGAGCGGCAGAUCAUGGAGCUGCCUCCAGGAGGUUGGCGGCUGAAAGACGCCAUCGAGCAGCGGUUGUUUAACCCAGAUACAGGAGUAUUCCAUGUGCAUGGCACGGAUCGCUUAGUCAACUUUGAGGAGUGCAUCAACAAGCAGAUUAUAAACAAUCUAUCAGUUUCAGUAAUUGAUCCCAGCACCGGCGACAAGAUCUCUGUGCAGUCAGCCUUUGAACGUGAUAUACUGGACAGUUAUGGAAACUACACCAAUAGCAGGAAACAAGUGCAGGGCAUGCGCAGUGCCAUCGACGAGAGUAAAAUCAUCCUGGAGACAGUCCCAGCCACGAGGGGCACCAACCAAAAGACAAUUCUUCGCAUCACUAGGGUAAACAACAGUCCGGAUGUGCUGGAGGUGUCGACACUCCUAAAAGAUGCGCCGCCCAAGUUUGUAGAAGUUCUUACCUGCCAGCGGGAGCUCGCCUCUCCGGAGCCUCUGCAAAUCGCCCCGGGCGCCAUCUAUGAUCCCUCAACAGCGCUGGUAAUCUUCACGCAAACCGGGGAGACUGAAAACAUUCUUGAUGCCGCCCGCCAGGGACUGAUAGACGAUCAGCUAAUCAAGAUUGUAGAUCCUACAACCAAGCAAGCGAUUUCCAUAACUGAAGCGAUAGCGCGUUCUAUUUACGAUCCCAAGACCGCCACUAUACUUGAUUCUGAAGGACAACCUGUGGACCUGAUCACAGCAACUAAACUGGGUCUAUUGAGUGUCGUGGGUGCCCCAUUGGUUGCCGCCGAAGGAGCCCUUAGAACCGUACGCUUCGUCACCGAUCCGCGAACCGGUCAACAAAUACCUGUGGAGGUGGCUUACGAGAGAGGCAUUGUCUCACGUGAUCAGCUGCAUCGCGGGCGAUCCUUUGAUAGUGAACCGGCGAAAGUUGAGGAGAAGGUGGUAGUGUUGCAAAGAAUGCGAAAGGUCAUUCUGAAGCCAAAGGAUGCUUUACGAAAGGGAAUUAUCGACGAGGAGACAUGUGAGAUACUCGAGAAUACAAACAACUUCACCAAUCCUAAAGGUGAGGUGGUUAACAUAAGUGAGGCUCUAAACACGGGACUGAUUGAUGGACGCCGUGGACAAAUCAUUGAUCCUCAAAGCAAUCGUUUUCUUAAUUUGAGGCAAGCGGUGGAACAAAAAGUUCUUGAACCCGAUCAGACGAAUCAUAUUCUAAUGCCGUUGGCCAAGAGCUUAUCUGUGCCACGGCUGGCAGCGCAGGGGUUAAUUGAUCCACAAACGCAGACUAUUGUCCAUCCGGAGAGCGGUUAUCCACUGAGCAUCCAUGAGGCGAUAGUAUGCGAAGUCUUGGAUCCGCAUUCGAAACUGCUUAAACCGGAGAAGUGUACCCUGGAGGAGGCAAUCACAAAGGGCAUUGUGAACGCUGAUGAUUCUACAUUCAGCCAUAAGAAUAAAAGCCUCAACAUUACAGAAGCCAUUGAAGCGAAGCUUUUCGACCCAAGUUACGAUCAGCAGAAAUCCAAAGUCGAAAUUCCUCCGGUGGGUAUGAUAUUCCCAGUGGCAGUGGAAAAGGGCCUUGUGGAACCGUCGAAGCGUGUGGUUCUGCACCCAACUACAAGGAAAGCCAUUUCCAUCAAGCAAGCCAUUAAGGAGAACUUCAUUAUGUCGAUUCCCUACUCACCGAAACCAGAUGCUAUAGAGGUGGUUACUGCGAUGGAGCGAGAUAUAAUCGAUGUGGCUGCGCAGACGCUGACAGUCCCGUCCACUGGGGAACGUGUACCUCUGCGUCAAGCUAUGGAAAAUGGAAUUUUAGUAGUAAAGAAUCUCUCCGAUUUUGUCGUUACCCAGAAACCCAUUCCCAAGACGGAGGUAAUGGAGACUGUGCGUGCGGUUCACACGGUGACAACCAAAACCAUUGAGCUGAUGCAGGGUUACGUUCUUAUUUCUAACAACGAAGUGCAGAACGUUAACACCGGUGAAGUAUGCACCUUGGAGGAGGCUAAAGACCUCGGAAUCCUGCGCGAAGAAUCCACAACUCGAGAGACCAAGGCGGCGGCAGGAGAAAGUCCGGAAUCGAUUGCUGCACUAGCCACUAGCAGCGAUCAAACUGUGGUAGUGGAGGAGCGCACCCAGACAGUGGUGGUAAGUUCGGACACACGCAAAGAAGAAUUGCAAGUAGUCAGCACAACGCAAUCCACCAAGGAAAUACCGGUUUCAAUAUUGAGCGAAACCGAAAAGAAGGAACCAUCAAAGACGUUACAGAAUGUAAGAGAUGCCGCCAAAAUGGGGGCACUCGGAGUCAUCGCAGCCCCUGUACUGGCCGGAGGAGCCAUCGUGAGUGGCGUUAAAAGCCUCAUCAAGUCUGUGAAGUCUCCCACAGAAGAUGCCAAGUCCAAUGCGAAACCAGAGCAACCUCAGAGCAGCUUCAUUGACCAGGAGCGCCGCAAUAUGUUACAGCCACAACAAGUGCCAAGUGACGUGGAUUAUCUUCUCGACGAAACGAAUAACUUUAUUAGCUCCACAACUGCCAACUUCAUAGCCAACGAAAAUCAGCAGGAUUCCAAAAAGUUACCACAUGAAGAAGUGGGGCCUUUAACAGUUGAAUCAACAAGGACACUGACCACCACAACAGUUAAGACCGUAACUACCUCAAAGACAUCAUCAGAGAUCGCAAAUCUAGAGCCAGUUGUGGUGGAAGAUGUCACCGCUAGCAUUACUGUCGAGGAGAGUCCAAUGGUAGAAAUGGUAAAUGAAGUAUCAGAGAAACCUAAGCAAGUGUUGGAAGAUAAAACAAAUGCUUCCAAGGUAACUGAAAUCAUUACCACAGUUACAACUAAGGAGACAGAUUGUUUGCCAGAAAAACCAUCUCCAACUAAAUUCACUUCUGAAGAGCCAACAAAGAAGGAACCCAAUGUUAUGAAAGAACCGGAGUCCCCGAAGCCUGUUCAAAAAGACCGAACUCCCGACUCAGCUCAAGGAGAAGUAUCUUCAGAUGCAAAUAAAACGGACUCGACUUCCGAGGUGGUUAAAAAAGAGAAAACUCCAGAGCCGGCCCAGAUCACAGAAAAAGAAACUAAUCGUGCAUCGGCCAUUGAAACAGAACCUUCCCCAGAGACCACUACAAAACCAGAACCCAAACCAAGAACUGGUAAAAAAGAAAUGCAUCCCGAUAUCGAGCCGCCUUUCACAGCACCACUUGCACCAUUUGUUGAUAAACUCACUGAUACCUCGAUUACAGAAACCGAAAUUAAACCCGUUGCUAGUUCUCAAACUAUAACAACUAUUACAACUGUAAAAACAAUUGAGGAGCAUCCAAUGAUUGAGGAAGGUACUGUGACUAGCAAACCUGACAUGAUUGUUGAUGUGCAAGUAAAGGAACCAGCCGUCCAAGAGCCUUCCAACAUGGAUAAGCCAAGUGAUAUCACUAAGAAUUCUUUUAAGCCUGAACACACCAGUACAACAGUGCUCAAUGAAAGCACUUUUAUUAUUGAAGACCCAAUUAUCACAGAAUCUACAGUAACAACAACAACUAUUAGAACAACCACCACAGGCGCUGAGGCGAACCCGCCCCACGAGCUUAAAGUUACGGAGGAGAAACCGGCUGCGGAGGAGCUAGUACAACUUAUCCCAGCUCAGCCCUCAGAGACAUCACAGAAAACUAGCGGUGAAGAAAGUAAGUCAGAACACACAGACACUGAGUCGCCAGAUAAGGAGCCAAUACAAGAUGAUCCAACUCGACCUAUUGAGACAUCUCAGACAAUUAAAUCAGUGAUCGCAAAGACAACUGUCAUUAGUGAAGAAAAUCCACAACUUUCAAGUGAUCUUGAGCGUACUGUUCUACCUCAGCCUGCUUCGGACAAGCAUCAAUCAGUAGUUGAUUUCAUUGAGAUGGAAAAAAGGCCACAAGGGUCGGAAAGUAGCACCAGCAUUCUGCAGAACGUCAAGGAUGCUGCUAAGUUAGGGGCUCUUGCAAUUGUGGGAGCACCCGUCCUCGCUGGCAAGGCUUUGGUAGAUGUUCUAACCACAGAAAAAACACUCAAACCACAACAAUCCAAUCAAUUGGGGCCUGAGACAGUGGAAGAAUUGCCAACGGAUAACAUCUCCACCAUCCCCGCCACAUUAAUAACAAAAGUCACCACUAUAACAUCCACCUCCACAACAUCAACCGUUGAAAGCACUCCCUUAGAUGAGUCCCAUGACGUAGUUGAACUGCCUGCUGAGUUUGCAGAAACAACUAUCAAGCGAGAAGUGCCCAGAACACUGCCCAUUGGCGAUGCCAUUUCCCAAAAACUGAUUAGCCCCGAUGAGUGUCAGGUGAUAGUAGAUGGAGAACAACAGUCUCAAACUGUUUCCACGCUGCUCAAGGAGGAGCAGCUGAGUCCAUUAGACGAAGUGCAGAUCAUUGACGACAAACUGAUUGUACUGCAUCAGGUCACCUACCUGGUGGACGCCGACACCGAACUGACGCCCGAAAAUCUGGGCGAGCUUAACAUCUACGAUCCCGAGAACCAGUACUUUAUUGAUCCGAGCACUGGCCAGAAAAUCUCCUUCCAUACGUUAGUAUUUGACAUGAAUGUUUUCAACCCAGAAACCAUUCUGGUAAAAAACUUUAGUACCGGCAAAUACGAGACUCUCACUGCAGCUUUGGAACGUCCUCUUCUGGACAGGCACACUGGUCACAUGGUCGAUCCCAAGACAGGCAAGAAAAUACCAUUCUUUGAAUGCAUUGCUCGCCAAUGGAUCAUCCGUGCGAAACCCGAGGAGCAGCGACAACCAGGCAUUGAUAACGUAACAAUAGACACACAAACCGGACAGGUGGUGCUUGACGAUGGUCGAGUUUGCUCCAUUGUUGAGGCCAUCAACAGUGGCAAACUGGACAUCCAGUCGAUAUCGGUGCGCGACCCAGUCAGCGGUGAGGUUAUUCCACUGCGUAUGGCAAUUGAGUUGGGGGUUGUAGACAUGCAGGCUGGCACGGUGAUAGACAUCCAAACGCUUAAAGAAAUCCCUAUGGAGCUGGCCUUCCAGCUGGGCUUCCUAGUGCCCGGUGCGCGCAAACCCAUUUCCCUGGAGGCCGCCGUUCGCAAGGGCCUCUACGACCCCGAGACAGGAAAACUAUUCGACUCAGAGAGUCAGAACCAGGUCGAUGUGCAAAAGUCCAUUGAAAUUGGUUUAGUGGAUCCAAAGAUCUCAUUAAUUGUGGAUACUGUCACAAAGAAGGAAGUCAAGCUGGAUUGCGCCAUCGAAGAUGAUUUGGUGCUGCCAGCCACAGGUCAAAUCAAAGACAACAAGAAUAACACACUAGUGCCCUUCGAUGUUGGUGUGCAACAGCGUUUGCUGAAAACCGACAGUGUCACCUGGAGCCUGCCAGAGUUGCUACAGCGUGAAUACUACACGCCCAGCACUGGCAAGGUUCUCAAUCCUGUCACCGGUGAGGAGAUUCUUCUCCAGCAGGCCAUUGAAAUGGGCUUUGUAGAGCUGGAGACGACGUUGGUCAAGGAUGCCGAUCACGACAAGAUUUUGCCGGGCAAAGAGGCAGCAAAGGUGGGUCUUCUGGACACGGUUCGUGGUACCCUAAGCUCGCCCAACAUCAGUCUCGAUGAGGCCUUCGUUAAGGGCUAUCUCAUUAGCACCAAGAAGCCACUGUCUCUAGUCGAUUGUCUACUGCGUGGUCUCUACGAUCCUUCGACAGCUAAAUUCACCAUCGACGACAAGCAACUGGACCUGAAAUCUGCCAUUUCUCAAAAGCUUAUCAAUCCUGAGGAGCUUGUGCUACUCGACCCAAGGACAGAGUCCAUUAUUUCGAUUACCGAAGCUAUAGCAAAGGGUUACCUCGAUCCUAUUGCUGGAUAUGUGGUUAAUCCAUAUGCUUCCACUAAGUUGUCCCUCCACGAAGCUCUCGAGAAUCGCAUUCUCAUUCCGCCAAAGCGCAAGCGCAGCCUGCCGGAUGCCGUCUACCGUGGUCUUUACGAUCCCAAGACAGGCCAGUUCAGCAACACGGUGACCCGCGAGAAGCUCACAACUGAACGUGCCAUUCGUAGGGGCAUUCUCGAUCCCGAUUCGACGGUCGUCAAUCUGGGUUCUGGCCAAAUCAUUCCAUUUGGGGUAGCCACCGAGACGGGAAUAGUGGACAGUAAACAAGGUACGGUGAGGGAUGUCGAUGACAAUGCCAUUGACUUUAAGGAAGCUUUUGAUAGAGGUAUUUUAGUGGAAGCCAAAAAACCACUGCGCCUUAUUGAAGCUGUUGUAAAAAAUGUUUACGAUGAGGUAGAUGGACACUUUGUCGACCCCAAGUCGGGCGAAAAACUUAGCUUUGCCGAGGCCUUAAGCACCAAUCUACUAGACGAGCAUAGUGUGCAGAUCAGGGACUUCAAGACGGGUCUUUUUAAGCAGCUUAACCUAACACACGCCAAGGACACCGGCAUCAUUGAUGCCCAGAACUCUAAGCUACUGUAUAACAACCAGACAAUGACCCUCAAGCAUGCCUUUGAUAUUGGAAUCCUUAUGGAUGUCAAUGCGCCCAUCAGUAUUCAGCGAGCAAUCCAUCAGGGACUGUUUGACGACAAGACAGGAAAGCUCAGUGACCCCAGAACUGGUCGCCAGAUCACUCUGCUCGAGAGCAUGCGCAGUUUCGUGAUCAAUCCUCACCUGCCAUGCUACUUUGAUGAGCACACGGAACAGAUGUUCACGCUGAGUGAGACUUGUCGUAAUGGUAUCAUUAAUAGAAGGGAGGGUGUCUUUCGGGAGCCGGGAAGCAAUAGCUUUGUCCCUCUGGGCGAAGCAUUGAGCCUGGGUCUAAUUGUGGACAUUGAGAACGCCGGCUUUGGUCUGUACGAACUACUAUCCAUGGGCUUCUAUGACAUUCUCACGAGAAAGGUUCUGCAUCCGGUUACAAAUCGCAAGCUUGAUCUUAACGAAGCAUGUGUGGAGGAUGUGGUUAGCUUAUCUUCCAGUUUGGUCAAACACCACGAGACUGGAAAGUACCUUCGUCUGGCUAAUGCAAUCAAGGAACAAUUGAUAGAUGACUCAAGGGGUUGUUAUAAUAUAGGUGGCGAGCACUUGGACUUGCAGGUAGCUAGGGCCAGAGGUUUAAUUGUCUCCAAUCGUCGCCUUCUUAGCCUUGAACUCGUGUUGCGCCAGCAGCUUUAUCGGCCCGAUACUGGCAAGUUCUGUGAUCCGACCACCGGGGAAUAUCUCGACCUAAUCGAAUCCAUUCAUUCGGGUUUCAUAGAUCCCGCGACGACAGUGUUUAAGAACCAGCUCACCGGAAAGGAGUUGGCGCUCACAGAAGCCAUCGAGAAUGGUGACAUUGACGUGUCGAAGGGUAGAGUAUUUGACCCCAAGUCUAAGUCAGCUUAUAACUUUGACGUGGCACUCUCUCGCGGAAUUUUGGUGACUGUUACCCGGCCACUAACCGAUCGCAACGAUGUGGUGCGGCGUCAGGAUAGCGUCGAAUUGUUAGGUCAAACGCCCCUAAGCGUUGUAAUAAGCAAACCGCGUGAAAUGUCUCUCGAAGAGGCCAUUCGUUACAACAUAAUCGAUCCCAAGACCGCUCUUGUUCGCGAUUUCGAUAGCUUUAAAUUCGUACCUUACUCGGUAGCAGUAGAACGCGGUCUCGUGGACACCACUAAGCGCACACUCGUUGAUCCAAAGGCGCUGUACUUUGCCUUCGAUCCCACUUUAAUCGUGUACGUACGUAAACCCAUAACCUUUGAAGAGGCGGCCGAGUCCAAGUGUCUGGACCUGCAGACCGCAAUGCUGACCUAUGUGCCAGCAAGUGUAUCUGCCUGCACGCCAGCCGCAUUAGCCGGCGACGACAGCGCAAACGAUUCUCUGACUGUCAUCGAGACGCCCAAGGUAUACACGCUAAAGGAAGCCGCCAGUGCGGGCGUUGUGGAUCCCGACUCCGCGCUGGUCAAGGAUCUGGCUAAGGCCAAGCUCGUCCGUUUGCCGGAAGCAUUCCGCAAGGGUUUGAUGGAUGCGAACAAGGCGAAUGUGCUCAACACUCAGACCUCAAAGCUUUGCACCCUGCAGGAGGCCUAUGAGAGUGGCCUGAUCUGCACGCCUAAGCGCUCAUUCGGUUUGCUAGAAGCCAUCACCUUUAACCUGUACAACCCAACCAAUGGCUGCCUAGUUGAUCCCUUCCAAAUGCAUCCCGACAUCAUCCGCCGACGCAAGUUUACGCUGGCCGAGGCCAUUGGCUCGGGUCUGGUGGAUCCGUCAUCGACGGUGGUACGUGACCCCAGCACUGGGAUCAUUGUACCACUGGCAGCUGCCAUUAGCAGCGGGCUCAUCAAUGCCAUCGAUGGUCGCCUGACCGACGCCAAUGACCCGAAGAACAACAUCGACCUGGUGAAGGCCGCCGAGAAGGGUUUACUCCUGCCGGCAGAACAGAGGCAAGCAGUAUUCGAGAAGUUCAACAUGUGCGAAGAGAAUGUCAACGAUCUGUUGAAAUGGGUCACCACUGUGGAACAGAAAAUCUCAAGUGUCGGCGGACCUCGUGAAAAGAUCGAUGAGUUGCGCAACCAGAUUAAUGCUCUUAAGCAAAUUAAGGAUGAGAUCGAGUCUCAGCAGCGGCCGGUAGCCACUUGUUUGGAGCAAAUCCGACAGAUCGUGCUCACCGGUGGCGAUGUUUUGUCUGCCCCCGAAGUGACCACUUUGGAGAACUCUGGCCGGGAGUUGCGUUCCCGUGUGGACCGUGUCAACGAUCGCACCGUGCGCUUGCUCCGCCGCUUGGAAGCUGGUCGAGAUGAGCUGACAAAACUACGCAGCGAGUUGGAUGUCUUUUCCGAUUGGUUGCAAGUCGCCCGACGCACUCUGGAGGACAAGGAACGUUCCCUGUCCGACUUGACUCGUCUGCCUUCGCAAGCGGAUUCUGUUCGGGAAUUUGUGAGUGAUGUGAUUGGCCACCAGGCCGAUCUGCGGUUCAUUACAAUGGCUGCCCAGAAGUUUGUGGACGAGAGCAAGGAGUUCUUAGCCAUUCUUAACGACUUCCGUACUUCACUGCCUGAACGCUUGCCUCACGUCGAGCCGCUAUCCAGUGCAGAGAGUCCAAUCCGCCAAGAGGUAUCUUUGGUCUCAGCGCAAUACAAGGAUCUGUUAAAUCGGGUCAACGCUCUGCAAGAUCGUGUCUCCGGCUUGGGUGGACGCCAGCGUGAAUACCAGGAUGCCUUGGACAAGGCCAACGAGUGGCUAAGAAGUGUGCAUCCACGUGUUUCGCGCAUUAUCUCCGAGCCGAUUGCCGGCGACCCAAAGGCAGUGCAGGAUCAGAUGAAUGAUGCAAAGGCUCUGCACAACGAGCUGCUCUCCAGUGGUCGUUUGGUGGACAACGCACAGCAGGCCCUUGAUAAUCUACUGCGAAGCCUUGGCGGUCAACUAAGUCCCAUGGAAAUUAAUCAGUUGGAGCUGCCAAUUGCUGAUCUGAAGAACAAUUAUCAGCAGCUGUUAGACAAUCUCGGCGAGCACUGCAAAACGCUGGACAAGACUCUGGUGCAAUCGCAGGGCGUGCAGGAUGCCUUGGACAGUCUUGUGGGAUGGGUCAACCAGGCCGAAGACAAGUACAAGCUAAACCUGCGCCCUGCCUCGCUCAUCAAGGAACGUCUACAAGAGCAGAUCCGCGAGCACAAGGUCCUCCUCGCCGAUCUUCAAUCCCACCAGGCCAGCAUUGACAGCGUUCAAAUCUCGGCCAAGCAUCUGCUAGCCAGCGCUUCGAAUGCCCGCAUUGCCAAGAAGGUUGAGUCGAAUCUAAAUGAUGUCACCGUCAAGUUCGAGAAGCUGUAUGAGAAAGCCAACAAGCGUGGCGAGUUCUUGGACGACGUUUACAACCGGCUAAGCAGGUAUCUGGAUGAAAUCAGCACUGUGGAGCAGCGCAUGGCCAGUUUGCAGGAGGGUCUCGAUAGUCGUGAGACAAGCCUGCUUCCCACCGAGGAGCUGGCCCGCCGGAUGCACGAACUAUCCCGCGAUAAAGAUCAACUGGCACCGCAGUUUGAGGAUUGUGUGCGUAAUGGCAAGGAGCUCAUCAGCCUGCGUGAUGUUACUGACACCGGAGUACUUCGUGAUCGCAUUAAGGCACUUGAAUCUCAGUGGCGUAACAUUAACAUAAGCAUUGAUGAGCGCGCCAAGUUGUCCAAACAAAAGGCCGAACAGCAACUGGCGUACGAAGGCCUGAAGGAUCAGGUUCUCUCAUGGCUAGCCAGCACAGAGGCACGCGUUAAUGGCCUUCCCCCGGUCGCUAUCGAUCUGGAAAGAAUUAAGCAGCAGCAUGAUGAGCUAAAGCCAAUCUGCAAAGAUUACCGCGACUAUGCUCCAACUAUUGACAAGAUCAACGAUAUUGGAGCACAGUAUGAUGCGCUAAUCAGACCAGAGAGUCCUGCUCGCAAACGUUCUACGUACAGUCCGAUUAAGCGGGCUAGUCCGCUUCGCCGCAUGUCCGGAGACGCCAGAAGCCCUAGCCCCACCAAGGGAGGCAUCCUGUCGCCACUAUCAACUGGUUCCAGUGGAUUCGGUAGCCGCAGAUCCUCCCAGGACGGUUUCCAGCUGUCUGAAUUGUCUCCGGUGCAGCAGCAGCUGAGCGAAAUCAACAACCGAUACGGGCUUAUUGGCGUACGGCUGAACGAUCGCCAAAACGAGCUCGACAACCUGAAUGAGGAGCUUCGCAAGCAGUAUGAGAACCUUAAGGGGCUAGCUCAAUUCCUGGAGCGCAUUCAGCGCCAACUACCCAAGGAGUCCGUAUCCAACAAGGACGAGGCCGAGCGCUGCAUUAAGCAGGCGCGAAAGAUUCUAGAGGACAUGUACGAGAAGCAGAGCCUUCUUGACACCACAAAGGCUCAGGUGAAGGACAUCCUCCGACGCAAGUCGGACGUGCCCGGCGCAGAACAGUUGCGCCAGGAGAACGAUAGCAUUCAAGAGAAAUGGAAGAAUCUCAACGACAUCUGCAAGAACCGUAUUGCCUUCUCCGAGAAACUGAGGGACUUUUUGGAUACCCAUGGAAAUCUAAAGAGCUGGUUGGACAGCAAGGAGCGUAUGCUAACCGUGCUGGGACCAAUCUCUUCGGAUCCCCGUAUGGUACAGAGCCAAGUGCAGCAGGUGCAAGUGCUUCGUGAGGAGUUCCGUACUCAGCAACCACAAUUGAAGCACUUCCAGGAGCUGGGACACGAUGUGGUCGACCAUUUGGCAGGCACACCCGAUGCCCAAGCUGUCGAACUGAAACUGAAGGACAUCCUUGGCAAGUGGGAGGAUCUGGUUGGGAAGCUAGACGACCGUGCCAACAGUUUGGGCGGCGCCGCUGAUAGUUCCAAGGAGUUUGAUGCAGCCGUCAAUCGUCUUCGUGAGGCUCUACAGAACAUCAGCGACAACUUGGAUGCUUUGCCCACGGAUGGCGAUCACCAAGAGAAUCUACGCAAAAUCGAAAACCUAGAGCGUCAGCUGGAGGGACAGCGUCCGCUGCUGGCCGAUGUCGAGCAAUCCGCCGCCACCUUGUGCAACAUUCUGGGUGAUCCCGCCUCGCGUGCCGAUGUCAACUCACGUGUUGCCGCCCUGGAGAAACAGUAUUUGGCGCUCCAGAAGAAACUGGACACCAAGAAGGCAGAAACGGAGGCUUCAUUACGCGAUGGCCGCCACUUUGCCGAGAACUGCUCCAAGACCCUUGGUUGGUUAGGUGGAGAGCUUUCCAACCUAACAGACAGGCUACUAGUUUCUGCUCACAAACCCACACUGCAGCACCAGAUCGACACUCAUGAACCGAUUUACCGAGAGGUUAUGGCCCGUGAGCAUGAGGUAAUCAUGCUGAUCAACAAGGGUAAGGACAUAUCCGAUCGCCAGCAGGACCGUGGAGUAAAACGUGAUUUGGACCGCAUCCAGCAGCAGUGGGAGAAAUUGCGUCGUGAAGCCGUUGAUCGCCACACACGUCUACAGACUUGCAUGGAGCACUGCAAAAAGUACUCUCAGACUUCGGAGACAUUCUUGGCCUGGCUCCGUACCGCGGAGGACAAGUUGACCGAUCUGACACCCGGUGUAUUAUCCAAGGCAAAGCUGGAGACGCGUCUACGUGACCUUCAGACCUUCCGUAGCGAGGUUUGGAAGCAUUCCGGAGAGUUCGAGAACACAAAGGGUUUGGGCGAGACGUUCCUCACAAGCUGUGACAUCGAUAAGGAACCUAUUAAGGCGGAGCUGCAGGACAUUCGAGAUCGCUGGGAGAGAUUAAACAAUGAUUUGAUUGCCCGAGCUCAUGAGAUUGAAAACUGCUCACGUCGUUUGGGUGAUUUCAAUGAUGAGUUGCGAAACCUGGAUCAUUCGCUGGGACGCUGCGAGGAUCGUCUUGCAGCACACGAUGCUCUGGGUGGAGCUGCCAAGGAUCCCAAGCUUCUAGAGCGUGUUAAGGCCAUUCGCGAAGAACUUACCAACCUGAGCAAACCGUUGCAGUCGCUCAAGGCUUUGGCCAAGGAUAUCAGUGCUGAAGCAAGGGCUGCUGGUGGCGAUGCUGACCAUUUGACCAGUGAAGUCGAUGGACUGGCCGAUAGAUUGGCAGAGCUGCAGGGACGCCUGGAUGACCGCUGUGGUGAACUGCAAUCUGCGGCCACCGCUGUGUCCCAGUUUAAUGAACAAAUGAAGAGUUUAGGCAUCGAUCUGAACGAUCUGGAGACGGAGAUUGAGAAGCUUUCACCACCUGCCCGUGAGAUCAAGAUUGUUCAAGUGCAAAUCGACGAUGUUGGCAAAAUCCAGAACAAAUUGGAUCGUCUGGUGGGACGUUUGGAGGAUGCCGAACGCGCCGCUGAUGUUUUGGUGGAUGCAGGAUUCGCUGCAGAUACCACCCAGACCCGUGAGCAAAUCUCCACUCUCCGAAAGACUUUGGGUCGCUUGGAUAACAGGUUGCGCGAUCAUGAGGAAAACCUCCAGGCCACAAUAAAGGCCCUGCGCGAGUUCUACGACAACCAAUCUCAGACUCUGGAUGACAUUCAAGACGUAAGCGAUGAGUUUAAGCGCAUGAAGCCCGUGGGCUCGGAGUUGGAUCAGAUUCGCCGCCAGCAAGAGGACUUCCGUAACUUCAGGGAGCGCAAGGUGGAACCACUGGCCAUCAAUGUUGACAAGGUCAAUGUGGCUGGAAGGGACUUAGUGCGCUCGGCUGGCAGUGGUGUCUCUACGUCGACCAUUGAAAAGGACCUGGAAAAGCUUAAUGACCGCUGGAACGACCUGAAAGAACGCAUGAACGAACGAGAUCGCCGUUUGGAUGUGGCUCUGCUGCAAUCGGGCAAGUUCCAGGAAGCGUUGGCUGGUCUAUCCAAAUGGCUCAGUGACACCGAGGAGAUGGUGGCUAAUCAGAAGCCGCCAAGCUCCGAUUACAAGGUAGUGAAAGCACAGCUGCAGGAGCAAAAGUUCCUCAAGAAAAUGCUUUUGGAUCGUCAAAACUCGAUGGGUUCUCUGGCCAACUUAGGCAAAGAGGUUGCCAAUCACUGUGAACCCGCUGAACGUGCCUCCAUUGAGAAACAGCUGAACGAUCUGAUGAAACGAUUCGAUGCUCUGACCGACGGAGCCGAGCAACGUGAGUUGGAUUUGGAGGAAGCCAUGGAAGUGGCGAAGCGAUUCCACGACAAGAUCAGUCCGCUGGAACUUUGGCUGGACAAUACGGAACGGUCGGUCAAGGCCAUGGAGUUGAUACCUACCGACGAAGAGAAGAUCCAGCAGCGUAUCCGCGAGCACGAUCGCUUGCAUGAUGAGAUUCUUGGUAAGAAGCCCGACUUUACCGAUCUUGCAGAUGUGGCCGCCCAGCUGAUGCAUUUGGUCAGCGACGAGGAGGCCGUUAAUCUGGGCGAGAAGGUGCGCGGUGUGACUGAGAGGUACACAGGAUUGGUCGAUGCCAGCGACAACAUUGGAGCUCUGCUCGCCGAAUCUCGGCAGGGAUUGCGUCACUUGGUCUUGAGUUAUCAGGAUCUUGUGGCUUGGAUGGAGAGCAUGGAGGCGGAGCUGAAGCGCUUCAAGUCCGUUCCUGUGUACGCUGAAAAGCUUCUGGAACAGAUGGAUCAUCUGCUGGAACUGAACGAGAACAUUGCCGGUCAUGCUUCGAAUGUGGAAUCUACGGUAGAGUCUGGAGCCGAGCUGAUGAAGCACAUUUCCAACGAUGAAGCCAUUCAACUGAAGGAUAAGUUGGAUUCUCUGCAACGUCGCUAUGGAGACUUGACUAAUCGUGGUGGAGAUCUGCUGAAAAGUGCACAGAAUGCACUACCUUUGGUGCAACAAUUUCAUGAAGCCCACAACCGUUUGGUGGAAUGGAUGCAAAGUGCUGAGGUGGCCCUGGCUCCCAGUGAGCCUCGUCAGGCGGAUGUGCUCCGUCUGGAGGGUGAAUUGGCUGAUAUGCGCCCAAUUCUAGACAGUGUCAACCAAGUGGGACCACAGCUGUGCCAGCUUUCACCAGGAGAAGGCGCAGCCACCAUUGAAAGCAUUGUGACAAGGGACAACCGUCGCUUCGAUUCCAUUGUAGAGCAAAUUCAACGCAAGGCGGAGCGUCUGCAUCUGAGCAACCAACGUGCCAAGGAGGUGACCGGUGAUAUUGAUGAACUGCUCGAGUGGUUCCGCGAAAUGGACACAACUCUGCGUGAGGCGGAUCUGCCAGCGAUGGAGCCCAAAUUGGUUCGUGCGCAGUUGCAGGAGCAUCGUUCUAUCAACGACGAUAUUUCCAGUCAGAAAGGACGUGUGCGUGAUGUUACGGCGUCCUCCAAAAAGGUGCUCCGUGAAUCGCCACAGAGCGAGAAUACUGCUACUCUUCGUGAAAAAUUGGACGAUCUCAAAGAGAUCGUCGAUACCGUGGCUCAACUGUGCAGCGAGCGUUUAGGAGUUCUAGAGCAAGCUCUGCCCCUGUCUGAGCAUUUCGCCGACUCCCACCAAGGACUUACCGCCUGGCUGGAUGACAUGGAGCAGCAGAUCUCGCGGUUGAGCAUGCCGGCGUUGCGUCCCGAUCAAAUCACCUUGCAGCAGGACAAGAACGAGCGUCUGCUACAAUCAAUUGCGGAGCACAAACCUCUUUUGGACAAACUGAACAAGACGGGUGAGGCUUUGGGUGCAUUGGUGGCCGAUGAUGAUAGCGCCAAGAUCAACGAGAUUUUGGACACGGACAAUGCCCGUUAUGCUGCACUUCGUUUGGAACUGCGUGAACGCCAGCAGGCGCUAGAGAGUGCUCUGCAGGAAUCUAGCCAGUUCUCCGAUAAGCUGGAGGGCAUGCUGCGAGCUCUUGCCAAUACCGUGGACCAGGUCAAUCAAUUGGAUCCCCUGUCAGCCCUGCCGCAGAAGAUUCGCGAGCAGAUAGAGGAUAAUGAUGCUUUAAUGGACGAUCUAGACAAGCGUCAAGAUGCCUUCAGUGCAGUACAACGUGCGGCCAACGAUGUGAUCGCCAAGGCGGGUAACAAAUCCGAUCCCGCGGUGCGUGACAUUAAGGCCAAGCUGGAGAAGCUAAACAAUCUGUGGAAUGAUGUUCAAAAUGCCACCAAAAAACGCGGAAGCUCUUUAGACGACAUCCUGAGCGUGGCCGAGCCCUUCUGGAAACAAUUAAACAGCGUCAUGAAGACCCUUAAGGACCUGGAGGAGACGCUUUCCUGCCAGGAGCCCCCAGCGGCUCAGCCACAGGAUAUCAAGAAGCAACAGGUGGCGCUGCAGGAAAUCCGUCAUGAGAUUGACCAGACCAAACCAGAGGUGGAGCAGGUGCGUCGCCACGGAAGCAACCUAAUGAACAUGUGCGGCGAACCCGACAAGCCAGAGGUGAAGAAGCACAUCGAAGACCUGGACAAUGCUUGGGACAAUAUCACAGCGCUGUAUGCCAAGCGCGAGGAGAACCUCAUCGAUGCAAUGGAGAAGGCCAUGGAGUUCCACGAGACACUGCAGAACCUCCUCAAGUUCCUGACCAAGGCCGAGGACAAGUUCGCACAUCUGGGUGCCGUGGGCUCGGACAUUGAUGCCGUUAAGCGACAGAUUGAACAGCUCAAGUCGUUCAAGGAUGAAGUCGAUCCGCAUAUGGUUGAAGUAGAAGCAUUAAACAGAGUUCUCAAAAGACAAGCUGUGGAACUGACGGAACGCACUUCACCCGAGCAGGCAGCAUCGAUUCGCGAACCCUUGUCGGUAGUCAAUCGACGCUGGGAAGCCCUUCUCCGUGGAAUGGUCGAACGCCAGAAGCAAUUGGAGCAUGCACUCUUGCACUUGGGCCAAUUCCAGCAUGCGCUCAACGAGCUGUUGGUCUGGAUCAACAAGACCGACGGUACUCUGGACCAACUGAAACCGAUUCCUGGAGACCCACAACUGCUCGAGGUUGAGUUGGCUAAGCUAAAGGUGCUGGCCAACGACAUUCAGGCCCACCAGAACUCAGUGGACACAUUGAACGAUGCGGGCAGACAAUUGAUCGAAACCGAGAAGGGAUCUGUGGAGGCAUCCACCACGCAGGAGAAACUGCGCAAACUCAACAACGAGUGGAAGCAACUGUUGCAAAAGGCCAGUGACCGACAGCAUGAACUGGAGGAGGCUCUACGCGAGGCUCACGGCUAUAUCGCUGAGGUCCAGGAUAUUCUGGGCUGGCUGGGCGAUGUCGACGCUGUGAUCGGAGCAAGCAAACCGGUGGGGGGACUGCCUGAAACUGCCACCGAGCAGCUGGAACGCUUCAUGGAGGUGUACAACGAGUUGGACGAAAACAGGCCCAAGGUUGAAACGAUUCAGGCCCAGGGCCAGGAGUACAUCAAGCGGCAAAACCAGAUGAAGGUAUCGUCCAGCAAUUUGCAGCAUACACUCCGUACGCUCAAGCAACGCUGGGAUGCAGUGGUAUCACGUGCAUCCGACAAGAAGAUUAAGCUAGAGAUUGCGCUUAAGGAAGCCACCGAAUUCCAUGAUACCCUUCAAGCCUUUGUAGAAUGGCUCACCCAGGCCGAAAAGCUGUUGUCAAACGCCGAACCCGUGUCCCGCGUUUUGGAAACAAUUCAGGCUCAGAUGGAGGAGCACAAGGUGCUGCAGAAAGAUGUUAGCACCCAUCGCGAAGCCAUGCUGCUGCUGGACAAGAAGGGAACUCACCUCAAAUACUUCAGUCAGAAGCAGGACGUGAUCUUAAUUAAGAAUCUACUCGUGUCUGUGCAGCAUCGCUGGGAACGAGUAGUGAGCAAGGCAGCGGAACGCACUCGAGCUCUGGAUCACGGUUACAAAGAAGCCCGUGAGUUCAACGAUGCCUGGAGCGGCAUGAUGCAGUAUCUGCAGGAGACCGAACAGGUGCUGGAUCAGAUCAUAGAGGAGGCCACUGCCUCCAAGGAACCGCAGAAGAUCAAAAAGUACAUUGGCAAACUGAAGGAGACACAUCGGCAGCUAGGUGCCAAGCAAUCGGUCUACGAUGCCACCAUGCGAACUGGAAAGAAUCUCUUAGAGCGGGCGCCGAAGGGCGAUCGCCCAGUGCUGGACAAAAUGUUGCUCGAGCUGAAGGAACAAUGGACCCGAGUGUGGUCUAAGAGCAUCGAUCGUCAACGCAAGCUGGAAGAGGCUCUGCUUCUUUCCGGACAGUUCAGCGAUGCUCUGGGUGAGCUGCUUGAGUGGCUGAAGAAGGCCAAGAGCCGCCUGAACGAAAAUGGACCGGUCCACGGAGAUCUAGAGACGGUUCAGGGUCUUUGCGAGCACCACAAGCACAUUGAGCAGGAUCUGCAGAAGCGCGCAGCACAAAUGCAGGGUGUUCUCAAAACUGGACGCGAUCUAGAGCGAUCUGGCAACAACCCUGAAGUUGGACGUCAGCUCGACGAGAUGCAAUCCAUUUGGGAAGAGGUCAAGAGCGCCGUUGCCAAUCGCGGCGAACGUCUCCAAGUUGCGCUCGUUGAUGCCGAGAAGCUGAACGCUCGUGUCCAGGCUCUCUUCGAUUGGUUGGAUCAUGCCGAGCACAAGCUUCGAUACGCCAAGAAUGCCCCUGAUGAUGAGAAGGUGUCGCGCGAAAUGAUGGAUAUCCACAUGGAGUUUAUGAAAGACCUCCGGGUGCGCGAGCGCGAAAAGACCGAGACGUUCGAGUACGCUGAAGACAUCAUCAAUAAGGCCUAUCCUGAUGCCAUCCCGAUUAUCAAGAACUGGCUGUCGAUCAUUCAGCAGCGCUGGGAGGAGGUGCGCCAAUGGGCCAUUAACCGUGAGUCAAAGCUGGAGCAGCACCUGCAGUCGCUCAAGGAUUUGGACGACACAAUUGAGGAGCUCCUUGCUUGGCUCAGCGGACUGGAGGGAACUUUGUUGAACUUGAAGCACGAACAACUUCCGGAUGAGAUUCCCCCUGUGGAGAAACUGAUCGAGGACCACAAGGAGUUUAUGGAGAACACGGCUCGCCGCCAAAACGAGGUGGACCGCGCCUGCAAGCCAAGACAGUUGCCUCCUGGAGCUCGAAAGCCGUCUCGCAGCGGCAAGACGCCAAUUCGUGGCUCCAGUCACGAUCUGCGUGAGCAGUCACCCGACGGCACCCUGAGGCGUCAAAGCUUCAAGGGAUCUCGUGACCAAGGACUCAACGCCCGCAAAGGAAGCCGUAUCACGCCCACGCGUGACACUCCCGACAGAGAUCGCCUGCCUCAUUACGGCCCCCGAUUCUCGCCAAGCACCUCUGGGCCAGAACUGGAAUUCCGUUCGCCACGCGCCAAGCUUCUGUGGACCAAGUGGCGCGAUGUCUGGAUGCUCUCAUGGGAGCGCCAGCGUCUGCUUAACGAUCAUCUCCUGUACCUGAAGGAUGUGGAGCGUGCUCGCAACUUCAGCUGGGAUGAUUGGCGCAAGCGCUUCCUGAAGUACAUGAACCACAAGAAGUCGCGCUUGACGGAUCUGUUCCGUAAAAUGGACAAGGACAACAACGGCAUGAUUCCACGCGAUGUUUUUAUCGAUGGCAUACUCAACACAAAAUUCGACACCUCUGGCUUGGAAAUGAAGGCUGUAGCCGAUCUGUUUGAUCGCAAUGGCGAAGGUCUCAUCGACUGGCAAGAGUUCAUCGCUGCCCUCCGUCCCGAUUGGCAAGAAAGGAAGCCGGCCAAUGAUUCGGAUAAAAUACACGACGAGGUCAAACGACUGGUCAUGCUGUGUACCUGCCGGCAGAAGUUCCGAGUGUUCCAAGUUGGCGAGGGCAAGUACAGAUUCGGAGACUCCCAGAAACUGCGCCUGGUUCGCAUUCUUCGCAGUACUGUUAUGGUGCGCGUGGGAGGCGGCUGGGUGGCACUGGACGAAUUCCUGCAGAAGAACGAUCCUUGUCGCGCCAAGGGACGCACUAACAUAGAGCUACGCGAGCAAUUCAUAUUGGCCGAUGGCGUCUCGCAGAGCAUGGCCGCAUUCACGCCCAGACGUUCCACGCCCAAUGCGGCCGCCACUGCCUCCUCCUCACCCAAUGCCCAGAAUGGCGGCAGCUCCAACUUGCCGCCUUAUAUGAGUGGACAGGGUCCCAUCAUCAAGGUACGCGAGCGAUCGGUUCGCUCCAUACCCAUGUCGCGCCCAUCGCGCUCCUCACUCUCGGCCAGCACCCCCGACUCCCUGAGCGACAACGAGGGCAGCCACGGAGGACCUUCGGGCCGAUACACACCUCGCAAGGUCACCUACACGAGCACGCGCACGGGUCUCACGCCAGGAGGCUCUCGUGCGGGCUCCAAGCCCAACUCGCGGCCACUCAGCAGACAAGGAUCGAAGCCGCCAUCGCGACAUGGCUCCACGCUGUCGUUGGAUAGCACCGACGAUCACACGCCCUCUCGCAUUCCGCAACGCAAACCAUCGACGGCCAGCACCGCCAGCGGCACCACGCCUCGUCCGGCGCGUCUUUCGGUAACCACCACUGCGACUCCCGGAAGCCGUCUCAACGGCACCAGCACCAUCACCCGCAAGACCGCCUCCGGAUCGGCCAGUCCAGCGCCCACAAGCCGGCCAUCACGGAUUCCGAUUAAGAUACCCUCAUUCGAUUCCAAGUCAACAUCGCCCAGCUCGACUACGAAUCCAACCAGCUUGGGGCGAAACAUCAGCGGUAGUUCCACGCCCUCUGGCAUGCAGACGCCGCGGAAGAGUUCAGCGGAGCCCACUUUCAGCUCGACGAUGCGGCGCACUUCGCGUGGAACAACACCAACGGAGAAGCGCGAACCGUUCCGCCUGUAAGAACGCGACCUCACAGAUGGGGAUGACAAUAGAGAAGCAGAGAAUGCCAAUAUUUAAACCACACACACAAAUUAACGAACUAACUACGCACUGAAGUUCUAAACUAAACCAAACCCUCCUCAGAAAUAACCGAGUCUACAUUAACAAUGAAUGUAGCAGGAACAGCACACAGUUCUAAAGAGACUACCCUUAAAGUGUGAAGUGGAACAGCGAAUCAAUUUAUAGUUGUUUAUACUAUAUAUAUUUUGUAAAAGACACGCAGUUAAGAUGAAAGUAAUGCAGACAUAUAGCUAGCACACAAAGUUGAUCAGACAAGCAACCUACUUACGAGUACUACUAAUACUUAUACUACCUUUUGCUACUACUAAUUUGUAAUGCCUACUACCUUUAUUCACUAGUUAUACACGUUUCCAAAAUUAUGAUUUGUAUAUACUUAUAAAGCGAAAAGCAAGCGUAAAUUAAUGAAAAAUACACUCCAAGUGCUCUAAGGCAAUUAAAAACUACAAAGAAUAAAAACAAAAAAAUAUCGAAAAAAUAUAUAGAAAAAAAUACAACAUUCGAAUGAAAAGUCGGGGCCUCUGCUGCAAACCAACUUGAGUUUAAGGACUCCAUUGGAAUCGCCAGUCCGGUGGAUACCCAGCCAAGAACGGGGAGUGGCAGAAGCAAAACGACCAAAAAAAUAACUAAACCCGUUAAAGGAUAAAAUUUGAUUUUGUUUUGUUAUUAAACUAAUAGGAAAGUGAAAAUUGUAAGCCGCAUAAAGAAAAUAUUUAAUUAUAUACUAAAAGUCAUUACUAUAAGUUUAAUUAAUAUUUAACUGUUAAGAGACAAAAACACACAGAUUUUGUAUUGCAUAAUUAUUUUGUUUUUUAUAUGCAAUACCAGCGAUUGAAUUACGAUGCAGAUGGGUGAAACAAAAACGAACCCGUUUAUAUAAAUAUUGUAAAAUACUAAUACUAAAUUAUUUUGUUGUACGAAACGAACGAAAUGCAUUAAAACUCGUUUUUUGUAAUUCUAUAAAAUUAAAACAAUUUAAAUGCGAAAUAAACAUUUACAAAAAAUAACAACAUAA